AAGUAUUAGCUUCAAUUUGUUUCUUACGGAAAUAUGGCUGCAUGCUUGGUCCUCAGGCGACAAUUAUUCUCUUUAACAAGGAUUUUUUGUGGACCUUCACAUACGAUACCAAGAGCUUUGAGUGUCUGCUCCAGCCAUAAAAGUAAUUUAACCAGGAUUAACCUCCCUCAGACAUGCAACUCUGUUCACGUGGCCACAUUAUCAACAACACCAACGAUCACCGUCACAGAGGAGCCGGACACACUCAUCCAGAAAGUGGCCGUCUUGGUCAAGGGUCAUGACAGAGCUGUGCUGGACAGCUAUGAGUUCUUUGCCACCAUGGCAGCCAAAGAGCUGGGUAUCAGCAUCGGCAAAAUUUCAGAACCACGCUACCAACUAGACCGACUGACAGUGCUGAAGUCCAUACACAUCUAUAAAAAGCACAGGGUGCAGUAUGAGAUGAGAACAUACUACCGCUGUAUUGAGCUGUUGCAUGUCACCGGCUGUACAGCUCAGGUAUAUCUUGAAUAUAUCCAGAGGAACCUCCCUGAAGGUGUAGCAAUGGAGGUAACAAAGACCACCAUGGAGAAAGUUCCAGAGCAUAUCCAUGAAUCCAUGUGGAAGGAUCACCCCACUGAUGACAAACCCAGCCAAUAAAUCACAGAACACAUUUUCUCUGUUGGGAACAUGUAAUGCAAAUGGUUUUAUACCAAUAUGUUCAACUAAGAAUAAAUUAUACAAACAUGUUUUAUAAAAAUUGUGUCCACGUCUGUAAACAUGUGCAUCAGAUUGCAUAUGCUCGUCAUUACCUUUUCUAUCCACCUAGUAAAAACAUUCUGAAUUUAUUGUUCACAA